AUGGAUGCUAGUGGACAAGGCCUUUGUGCGUUAGAACCAAAUUUCAAGCGCUACAUUCGUCAACGGUUUUCACACGAAGAAUCCAAGACGCUAUCAAUCAACGUGAGGGAAUUACGCAGUGCGGUUCUCGCUGUUCUACAUUGGGGACCGCAUUGGCACAGUCCAACCAGUACGUCUCCACUUCAUGUCCAAUUUCACAUUGAUAACACAUCCGCUGUUACGUGGGCAAACAAACGAGCCAGCAAGCAUCCAACUGCUCAGCUGUACAAUCGAAAACUAUCACAUGCCGAGUUCCAGUACAACCUUGUGUGUACGGCAACACACAUUCCAGGGAAACUAAAUGUCAUGGCUGACGCUGGAUCCCGGGCAUGGAGUAGCAAUGAUCAGGCAGCAAAGUUAUGGACUAAUUUUUCUGCGCCGUGCCGUAUGGGAUCGCUGCUACUCCGACACUCCCUGGCAAGCUCUACCCAUUCCAAAUAUCUCGCGCAUUGGCGUCAAUGGUGCAGAUUCGCGCACAAAAUGGGGUGGUCACGUUGGCUGAACGAAAAGAACUCAUCUCGUCGACUAGGCUACUUCGCCACGGUCUCCUGGGCCCAUGGGGCGAAUCGCUAUCAGCGAGGCAACCAACUGGGCACUAUCAACCUCAAACUGGCCAGCGUUAAAUGGUUCCAUCGACGAUACAAGGACCUGACACUGCCAGCAACACCUCGUUUGGCUAUGCUACUGCAGGGUAUUAAGCGUCUUUCAUCCCCCAAACGGAAGAAGCAACCUCUCACCAUGCCAUUUCUGCGCCUUCUUCGCCGUAGUCUCGACUUCUCGAAACCACGACAGCGGCUUCUGUGGGGUAGCAUAUUGAUCGGCUUCUUCUUCAUGCUUAGAAGAUCCGAAUAUUUGAUGAUCGACCACACAAGACACUUCUACUGUCUCAAGAACAGCAACGCAUUCUUCUCCGAUCAAGAUGGUCAAGAAGUUGGGUACACACAAGCUACAUCAGUAACAAUUGGACUCGAGGGCGCCAAAAACGACCAGCAUGGUCGAGCAGCGUCUGUACCAUAUUCAGAAAGCACGGCAAGAACUUAA